CUAGCAGUUAAAUGCUUAAAAAAACAUAUAUUAAUAACUUUCCUUAGGCGGAAAAUUCUGUGCCUGUUGAACUUAUUACUUAGUACUUACAUAGAUUUUCUUUUUUAUCAAUGAACAAAAUGAAUCUGUUAAUUUGAAGCAGCCAAAGUAGCGGUCUAAGACUUGACUUUUAAUAUAAAAUGUGCCUUGAAACGAAAUACAAAGCUGUAUAUUUUAGUUAGAGCCCUGGGACAUUUUCGGUUUCCUUGUAAAGUUCUCGAAACUUCAAUGUUAAAUUUAAUUAAUGAGCUAUGAGAUGAAUUCUUAGUAAUAAUUGAGCACGUAAACUUAUGCCAAUUUUCAUUUACACCUACUAACCUUAUUAGUAUUUUAGUGUAUAGGUACGAUAUAUUAAUGAGUGAGGCAUAUACUAAUGUAAUGAAAUGAAAAACAAAUAUUGAAACAGCAACGAUAUAAACAUUUAUUAUAAUAUAUUUAAUUACAGCAAUGGUAAAUAGAACACAAAUAAUUCCAUGUCCAACACAAUUUCUUGUUUACCAGAAAAUUCAAUUAGGCUAGAAGUUUAUAAAGAAUCUUUAAAGACGAAUAUUUAUUUAUUACACUCUAUAUAAAGUAGUAUUUAUAUAUUAUAUCAUGUGGAACUAUUACUUCGGAAGAUGAUAUAUAAGUAGUUAUUUAUAACGUCACUAGAUGGCUCUCAAAAAAAACAGUGUUUAAAAUAACACUGGCAAAAUUGGCAGUACUAUAUAAACAAUUUAUAUCUAAGUGAGAUUACGUGGUUUAACACUAAGGUUGCGGCUUGUAGUCUGGUCUGGGGGCUCCGUAGGCUGUGGCGUGGCUGGUGGCGACGCCGCCGCGGCCCGUGCUGUAUGCGUUAGCUACGGCUGUAGCACCACCGGGCAUACCGCCACCUGAGGACCUGCCUCCAUAUCCAAAGAACAUUGGGAAAAAGGCACCAGCUGGCAUCUUCGGUUGGGGAUCAUCGUCCUCCUCGUCAUCAUCAACUGGCUUCUUCACUUGCUUCUUCUUCGACACCCUCUUUUUAGGUAUCUGCACAGGCUCUUCCACUUCUUCUACUUCUGGUUCCGCCAGUUCUGGCACGAUCGUAGCUCUGGCUGUGGUAGGGAAGAGGUCAACUUUAACCGUAGGCUCGGAGAUUUCAGUGGCUUCUGUGGCGAUCGGUUUUUCUGGUGCUUGCGGGAAGUACACUUCGUUCUGUUGCGGGUAGAAGGUUUCGUCCUGCGGGGUCUGGCGGCGGCGGUCGGGCGAGUAGUACUGGUUGGAGGGCUGGACCUGCUGCUCAGGUUGUUUGAACAUGAAUGCCGCCAUGCCGCCGACGGCGCGCGGGUCGUAGUACGGGUUGAAGUAGCGGCUCAUCACCAUGCCGCCGCGGCUGUUGUCGCUUGAGCCGUAUGACACUGGAAAUAAUCAGAAAAUGUCUUAAUUUAGAGUCUAAAAGCGCUAAAACAUGAAGGGAAUGUAAAAAAUAGGAUAAUCAAAAUCUCAGUGUGGUGAUAACUGGAAAAAUUGGAAAAGGUCCGAAAUGUUAAAAAAAAGUAUUGAACUUUAAAUCCAUAAAGCGAUUAUUUUCUUAAUUAGUGGUUUCGGUGCAUAAAAAUAAAUCCAGUAUGAAACUAAUUAAUUAUAAAAAAAACUCGAAACUCAUUAGAAGAUCUAACAUAAAAACAGGUCACCAGAACUUACGGGUAUCGAAAUUGUUUCCAUAGUAAGGCUGGUAGGGAUAUCCGUUCGCCUCCCACAGAGCGCAGACGAGCACAAAACAAGAAUAUACCAGCUUCAUUUUACACUUGGCUCCCUUAACUUCAAAGGGUGUUGUGUGGUAAAGAGCAGUCGGUGUAGUGGUGGACUCGAUCGGUGUCGCGUUAUAUACUCCAGACGGGCAGGACUCAUUGGGAUGCGCGGCACGGACGCCGAACUGCGCCGACGCACGUCUUGGUCGUCAUUUUACACUGUUCGACAGUACUCCAACCGUUAUGGGAGCAUCCUAGAGAUCGGCAAAUGCUCAACACGUAUCUCCUGUAGAGGAACCGUUGAACUUCUUGUUUUGGACUUUUUGCAUUCGAUUUGCAUCUGGAUCCGUUUUGAUGAGUCAGUGAUAGGCAAAAGUUUGGCGCUGAAUUCAGAUAACGGCUGAAAAUCAUUUCGGACGGAACAAAACAAGAUUAACGAAAUGAGUUCGCGUGAUCGUGAUGCUGGUAGAAAAUUUGAGUCAGGGAGUUCAAAAAGGAAACGAGCUAUCAAAAGAAAGCAGGUAGAAGAAAAUCUGCGUGGAUCUUUUUAUAAAUAUAUAAAAAGUGAUGAUAAAGAAACCUCUACAAAACAUUUAUUGACUAAAAGUGACUCUUAUCCUGAUCCAGCUGAAAACAUUCCUUCCACAUCAUCAUGGGUGCCGCCGCCGUCAUUAAGUAAAAACAGCGAGGAUGAUGAUGAAUUAACUACAUCAUUGUCUCUUAGGUCACCGAUGCCAUCAACAACGCUAUCCAGUCAAGAACACGAAUCUGAGCCCGAGUCUAUGUCUACAUCCAUGACUGCUGGAACGGAAAAUCUGAAUCCUCAAAAUGACCCCGGUUUGUGGCCCAUAACAAUUACUGAUGUAGACCGAACUGAGAUUGUAUUAAAAGGUCCAAUCCGGGUUAAAGUUGAUUUAUUUCCUGUAAAUGAUAAUGUUAAUUUUGUGAAUCUUUCAAUGUAA